AUGUCUUAAAGGUAUAGGAAUCAACCAGUUUUCAAGCCAUAAGAGUAAUUAUCUUUUGACUAAAUUGAAAAAGAAUAUCAUACUUAUUAUUGUGCAGUAUGCGGAGCUAUUGCUCUUGUUACUUCAAUAAAAUUAGAUGAAUUGCUAUUGAGAAGGAGUGAUAAUGCAUAUAUUCUUGAAUGCGAUUAGCAUUAUCACAAAAAAUUCCUAAGCAAAUAGACUAAAUUCACUGUGAUUCAUAGAGAAACUGGGGUUGAGAAAUAAUAUAGAUGGAGGUGUAAAGAAUGCUAAGGUGUUGUUGGUUACUAAACCUAUGAAUACGAGGACACUGACAUUAUUGUUGGUCCUGGAUCUGCUAGUGGGAAAAAUUAAUAAUAGAUGCAGGAAGAUAGAGAUAACAGGAAGCAUUUUUAUUUAAAAAGCAAUGCUCUUGUUAAAAAUGCUGAAGAUUCAGAACUUCUAAUUUAAGCUAAAGAAUUUAGAGAAUAAAUGUCUAGAUGA